CCCGAUCUCUCGAAUCCUCUACCUGGCCGUGGCCUCCCGUACGACCUAGGGCUCCCGCUCGCUUCCAAGAUCCGGCGACAUGGGCGAGCGCAAGGUGCUGAACAAACACUACACGGACGACUUCGACCCGGCGAAAAUCCCGCGGCGGCGGCAGCCCAAGAACCAGCAGAUCAAGGUGCGCGUGAUGCUCCCGAUGAGCAUCCGCUGCGGCACCUGCGGGACGUACAUCUCCAAGGGCACCAAGUUCAACUCACGCAAAGAGGACGCCGCCGGCGAGGCAUACCUGGGCAUACGAAUACACAGGUUCUACAUCAAGCGCACACGCUGCUCCGCCGAGAUCGCCUUCAAGACGGACCCCCGAAACUCGGAUUAUACGGUGGAGUCCGGGGCCAACCGCAACUUCGAGCCAUGGCGCGAGGCUGAGGCUGUGGUGGGCAAGGAGAAGAGGAAACGCGCAACCGAGGAGAUGGGCGAUCAGAUGAGAGCGCUGGAGAACAGAGCCAUGGAUUCCAAGCGGGAUAUGGACGGACUCGCCGCUUUAGAGGAGACGCUGUCGAUGAGAUCUAUACAUGCCCGGGUCUCCGCUGACCGGAUGCUUGAGAUUCUGAACCAUUCUUCUUCUACUGCUUAUCAUCAAAAUUUAAAGGAGGGAGACGAAGAACUCGUGAGAUCAAUCACUUUCCAUAACUCGGAAGCUUAUGUUAAUUGGAUCAAAGACGACAACGAAGAUUUUCGGUCAGACAUUAACGAGUCUUCUAAAUCAGUGCUAGUUCUUCCUCCAACAGAUGGCUUGACCAAAGCCAGUGGACUUGAGAGUGCCAACAGAGACGGGAACAAGAGGGUGGCAUCUAAGAUGCCGAAGUUCAUUGUAAAGGCAAAGCCCGCUGCUGCAAAUCCUCAGAAGAAACACAAGACUACUGAAGCUGCAGCUGCACGAGAUAGCGGUAAAGCAACAGUUGCAGAAGGGGAAGAUGAAGCUUCAGAAAAAGAGAAGACCAAUGUUCUUGAUUCCCUCUUCCAGUAUGACACCGAUGAAAGUGAUGACUGAAGACAAGGCUUCUUCGAGUCAUAACUGCACUGGAGGAGACAAGCCCCUGGAACAAGAUCAUCAUCAUCGUCAUGUAGCUCAUCAAGUCUGUAAAAUCUCUGCUGUCAACUUUAAGUCCGUCAUUAUCCUCUUUUUCAGAAGGAAAAAAACAGAGUUGUGUUUGAGAUAAAACUUUUAACAUUGACAAAUUCAGAGCGAAUCUUAUUAACUUGAGGGUAAAAACUAAAUAAGAAUUAGCCACUCAGGUCGGCACAUUCAGAU